AUGGAGCAAACGUACCCUCAGCUGAUCGGAUCAGACGGCUCCGGCUCCGAGUCCCUGGCAGCCAGCAGCAGCUGGAAACAGAGAAGGAAGAGUGUGAGGAGGCUAGAGGCUGGUGGGCCAUGCAGAUCAUGGCCGGUGUCCCUGGUGGCAUGGGAGGGGUGGAGUGAUAGCAACGUGGCCUCUCAUAAACAACUCAUCUGUUGCCCUCAGGAGAUCAGCUUCCACUCAGAGGAGCACAAAGAAGCUGGGACUAUGGCUGGAAAGGCCCCGAAGAAGUCCUCCAUCCCCGGAGUGAGCAUCAGGCAGCUGGUGGAUGAGAUCCCAGAAGGCUGCAGCACGCCUGAUUUCAAGCAGAAGCCUGUCACCUUGGCUCUCCCAGAGGGAAAAAAUGCCAUCUUUCGCGCAGUGGUCUGUGGAGAGCCCAGUCCUGACGUGUACUGGCAGAGCACCAAAGGAGACCUCAGCAACUCCAGCAAGUACCAGAUUUCCUCUGCUCCUGGUAGAGAGGAGCAUAUGCUGCAGAUCAACAAGCUGACUGGAGAGGACUCGGAUCUGUACCGCUGCACUGCACUGAAUGCCUACGGAGAAGCCACGUGCUCAGUGAGGCUUACCGUCAUCGAAGUGGGUUUUCGGAAGAACCGAAAAAGGCAAAAGGAACCUCAGGAGGACCUCAGGAAGGAGCUGAUGGACUUUCGGAAGAUGCUGAAAAAGAGGGCCCCACCUCCAACCCCUGAUAAAAAGAUGGAGUCUGAGCAGGUGUGGCAGCUGUUGAUGACUGCAGACCGUAAGGACUAUGAGAAGAUCUGUAUGCAGUAUGGUAUCGUUGACUUCCGGGGCAUGCUGCGCAAGCUGCAGGAGAUGAAGAAGGAACAGGAGGACAGAAUGGCCCAGUAUGUCAGUGCCAUUGCCAACUUGAGACACAUCAAGGUCACCAAGGAAGGGGUCGCUACGUUUGACCUGGAGCUGGAUCUCAAGAACCUCGAGAGCAAGAUUUACCUGUACAAGGAUGGUGAGAUGAUCCCCUACGGUGUUGAUAACCAGACCAAGCACUGUCUGAGACGGCUGGGGAAACGCUACCACUUCCAGAUCCAGGACCUGCGGCCGGAGGAUGCUGGCCUUUACCAGGUCAUGGUGGAAGAUGCUGUGGUCUUCUCCACAGAGCUAGAGGCCAGCAACAUCCCUCCCAGAGUGGUGGUCCCAUUGGCAGAGGCCCGCUGUGAGGAACGGGGUGAUGCCGUCUUUGAAUGUACCCUCUCCAACCCCUGUCCCAAUGCGAUCUGGCAUUUCCAGCACCGGCCACUGCGGCUCAGUGACAAAUAUGAAGUAUUUGUGUCCCCUGAUGGGCUAACCCACCGGCUGCUUGUGAAGGGGGCCAGUAGCUCCGAUAUGGGCCUCUACUCGCUGAACACUGGGCUCCAUGCCUCCAGUGCCUGGCUGGUGGUUGAAGGCUCCAUGGACCACUUCUCUCAGGGUCUGACUGAUACAGAGGUGCAACUGGGGGAAGCUGCCAUACUUUCCUGUACCCUUGCCCGUGAGCUGGGACCUGGCACCUGGUUCAAGGAUGGAGUCAAGCUCACUGCCCAAGAUGGAGUCAUCUUUGAGCAAGAUGGGCUCACACACAGACUGAUCCUCACCCACAUAGAGGGGACCCAGGCUGGAAGAUACACUUUUGUAGCCGGCCGCCAGCACAGUGAGGCCAGCCUGACCGUGCAGGAUCCCCCCACCAUUGCUCCAGACGUGACCGAGACACUGAGAGGGCCACUGGUGUUCAAGGCUGGGAAGCCAGUCACUGUGAAAAUUCCUUUCCAGAGCCACUUCCCCGUUCAGGCCACCUGGAGGAAAGAUGGGAGUGAGGUGGUGGGUGGCAACCACAAGGGCACCCAACUGGCUCUGGGAGAUGGCUACACACGGCUGUGCCUCCCCAGUGUGUGCAGGAAGGACAGUGGCCGGUACAGCGUGACGUUGAGGAGCGAGGGAGGCUGUGUGCAGGCUGAAUUCACACUGCAAGUUAUAGACAAGCCUCAGCCCCCACAAGGACCCUUGAAGGUUCAGGAUUGCCACAGAGCAGGUGUCUGCCUCUGCUGGCUACCCCCGAGGGAUGAUGGGGGCCAGGUCAUACAACACUAUGUGGUGGAGAGGCGACAGGCUGGAAGGAGCACUUGGCUGAAAGUGGGCGAGACCCCACCAGACAGUACCAGCUUCACCGAUGCCAGCGUGGAGCAGGGCAAGAAGUAUGCCUUCCGUGUGCGGGCUAUGACCUCAGAGGGAGCCGGAGAUGCCCUGGAGUCUGAGGAAGUGUUGGUGGCUUCUGAGGCUCUCCCGGGGCCCCCUUCUGCCCCAGCCAUCCUGUCAGCCUCCAGCCAGAGCAUCACUCUCACAUGGGGGGCACCCCAGGGCCCCGGCAGUACCCAUAUCCUGGGCUAUCUGAUUGAGAAGCGCAAGAAGGGGAGCAACACCUGGAUGACUGUGAAUGAGCAGCCUGUGUCUGAAAGGAGAUACACUGUGGUGGAUCUGCGACAGGGUUGUCAGUAUGAGUUCCGGGUCACAGCCAUGACUCUGUCAGGCCCUGGAGAGCCUGGGCCUCCAUCGGAUGCUGUCUUUGCUAGAGACCCUAUGAGACCUCCGGGGCCUGUGCGGGACCUCCGGGUUAUAGACACAUCAAACACCAGCAUCACCCUGAGCUGGAUGGCGCCGGAUGCCCAGGAUGCUGACGAAGCCCAGGGAUAUAUUGUGGAGGUGUGUGGUUCAGACAGCCAUCAGUGGAGCCCGUGCCAUGUGGGCACUGUGUCGGGAACCACCUUCACAGCCAAGGGCCUUCGGCCGCAAGAAGGCUACUUUGUGCGGGUGACAGCCGUUAAUGAUGGGGGCCGGAGCCAGGCCACUGCCCUGGACACAUUGGUUCAUGCCAUGCCUGCCACUGUCUGUCCCAGGUUCCUCAUAGACUCCAGCACAACAGAUACACUGAUGGUCAAGGUUGGGGACAGCAUUCGAGUUCCUGUCUCUUUCGAAGCUGCCCCCAUGCCAGAGGUGACCUGGCUGAAGGACGGCUUGCCCUUGCCCAGAAGAAGUGUGACCACUCUGAAGGAUGGCCUCACGCAGCUUCUGAUCCCCGCAGCUAGCCUCUCAGACUGUGGCCGAUACACAGUGACGGUGAGGAACCUACAAGGGAAGGAAGCUGCCCACAGCUUCUUCAUCAGUGUGGCAGCAUGCCCACAGGCACCGGGGUCCAUCUACCUGCAGGAGAAUGUGCCCGGGACAGUGACGGUCCAGUGGGAACCCUCUCCAGAUGAAGCUCAGGGCAUCCCCUUGCAUUACACAGUACUGAUGCGGUCCUCCUCUCACGGAUCCUGGCAUGAGGUGGCCGACCGUGUCCGCACCAACCGCUUCACCCUCCUAGGGGUCCUCCCUGGCCAUGAGUACCACUUCCGGGUGCUAGCCAAGAAUGAGCUGGGGGCCAGCAAACCUUCAGACACCAGCCAACCCUGGUGUACCCCCAGGCAGAGAGACAGGUUCACAGUGAAGUCUCCAACGUACCAGGAACCUGACCUGAGCCAGAAACCCCGCUUCCUGGUGGGUCUGCGGGCUCACCUUCUGCCCCAGGGCUGCGAGUGCCGCAUGACCUGUGCCGUGCAGGGCUCACCCCAGCCCCAUGUCACCUGGUUCAAGAACGACCAAAGCUUGGACAGAAACCCUGCGGUAUACAGUACUGACUUGCUGGGUGUAUGCUCCCUCAUCAUCCCCAGCGUGUCCCUUAAGGACAGUGGCGAAUACAAGGCUGUGGCCAAGAACCCACUGGGACAAGCUGUCAGCACAGCCACCCUCAUUGUCACAGAAUCCAACUCCUAGGCCACUUGACCCAGAAUGCUAGCCUUGCCCCACCCCACAUCUAUGAGAUGGAUGGCAGAUCUCUGAAGCUUUGCUGCUAAUAGCCACACUGGCCUGGG